CGUGACGUCACAUCGCAGUAUACCUGAGUUUCGGUGAGGGGAAGGGACAAGCAGAGAGACCAACGUCAGCUCUCCAGAGAUCUCCGAGAUAAACUUUUCUCUUGUUGUUAUUCCCAGCCACCCUCGUCGAAGUGAUUAUCGGUGUGCUGUGAGGGAAUUUGCAGGAAUUAUCUGCAGAGGAAACGGGCGGUUUUAACCUCAGCUUUUUGGUGAGCAGGCCGACGGGGGAACAGGUCUCCAACUUCCUGGUUCUCCACAGUCAGGAUGUCGGUCACCCCGCGACGCGUCCGGCUGAAGCCCUGGCUGGUCGCCCAGGUGGACAGCGGGAGAUACCCUGGUCUGGUGUGGAUUGACCGUGAGGCCAUGCGCUUCAGGAUUCCAUGGAAACACGCGACCCGACACACACCCCAGCACGAGGACGAGGACACCAUCUUUAAGGCAUGGGCUGUGGAGACCGGGAAGUUCCAAGAGGGAGUUGAUGAACCCGAUCCUGCAAAGUGGAAAGCUCAGCUUCGAUGUGCCCUGAACAAAAGCCGAGAAUUCAAUCUGGUCUACGAUGGCACCAAAGAAGUUCCCAUGAACCCUUUGAAAAUAUAUGAUGUUUGCGACAUUCCACAGCCACUCAGUAACCAAGGGUCUUCCGAUGCUGGUUCUUGGACUCCACAUGAUGAAGAUGGUGGAGAGGAAGAUGUUCCAGAUACGCCAGAGUCUCUCCCUCCAUACCCAUCCAAUGGCACUAGUCCCUCUCCUCUCAUUAUGUGGUCUCCUAUGGGCUCAGAGUCCUCCAUGCAGCCCCCAAGUUGUCCCCCUUCAAAUGAAGUCUGGCCCAAAGAGGAGCCUGUUAAAAUCUGGCCUAAAGAGGAGCCUGUGGAUGUGGAGAUGCACCCCACUUCCCUGAGCGACAUGCCCCCUGCUCCUCUGCCAGAUCACUCACUGCAGCCCCCUUCUCUACCUGAUGUCCUCUUUGCAUCUCCAGAAAUGUGGAUCAGUUCUCUCCCGAUGACAGACCUGGAGGUGCAGUUUCAGUACAGAGGGAAGGAAAUGUGUCCCACAGCGACCGUCAGUAACCCUCAGGGCUGCAGGCUGUUCUACGGAGACCUCGGCCCCAUGGUCAACCAGGAGGAGCUGUUUGGGCCCGUGAACCUGGAGCAGCUGCGCUUUCCAUCCACAGAGCACAUCACCAAUGACAAACAGAGAAUUUUCACCAGUCGUCUGCUCGAUGUGAUGGACAGAGGCCUAAUCCUGGAGGUCAGCGGACACGAUAUCUAUGCAGUCCGUCUCUGCCAGUGUAAGGUGUACUGGUCCGGCCCCUGUGCUCCCAAUCCAACUUCACCAAACCUUAUAGAGCGCCAAAAAAAGGUCAAGCUGUUUUGCCUGGAGUCUUUUCUCAGUGGGGUGAUAGCCCACCAGCGUGGCCAGACACCAAGCCUCCCUCAGUUUGAAAUCAACCUGUGUUUUGGAGAGGAGUGGCCUGAUGGGAGACCCAGGGAGAGGAAACUUAUCAUGGUCCAGGUCAUUCCAGUGGUGGCCCGUAUGAUUACCGAGAUGUUUUCCGGAGACAACACACGAUCCUUUGACAGCAGCAGCGUUCGCCUACAGAUUUCAAUCCCGGAUAUCAAAGACAACAUAGUGACCCACUUAAAGCAGCUGUACUGCCUACUACAGACCCACCAGGGCCAGGACGGCUGGGCGUUGCCCCCUGGCUCUGGCCUCAACAUUGUCCAGGCUCUGCAGGCACAGUGAAGCAGCCAACACUGUGAACUAACAUAUCAUAUAUCACUAUAUAUUUCACACUGAGAGUUACCUGCUGUUAUCAAAGAAGUACUUAUGUGUAAUCAUAUAUAGAAGUGUGCACAAUAUACAGUAGGAUUUAUAUGCUUUUCUCUGAUAUAAAUGUGCUGUGACAGUGCUAUCCUGUAUAUAGAAGUAGUGUCUUUUCAACCUGCAUUACUCUGCAGGGACUGUGGACAGAUGGGGUGAGCACAUGGGCCAAAGUCCUCUUUGCUGCAAGGGAACAUUUAACAUAGUUAAUGAGUUACAGAAGUUGUCCUAUGUCUUAUUUAUCCAAAAUGAGUCAGCGAAUGCCAGAUGUUCCUAGAGCCAAACAAAAGGGCAGAAAGAUUUUUAUCUUUUAGCUUCAUAUAAAAUGUUUUGAAGCUGUACAUCUAAUAUGGGAUUUGUGUAUUUUGCAUAACAUUUAGGUGAAUGUGACUUAAAGCAAGGAUUUCUUUUCUCCUUUCAAUCGUUUGACUAAACAGUCCAGCUGUACUCAGCUGUUUGAGUCCCGUUUUCCUGCGAGUACAUGUAAUUAGGUGUGACAAAUUUUUAAGCAAACGUUUUUGGUCACUUGGCCUUCAGUUUGUCUUCAGUUGUUUUAUUUUUAGAUUAAUAUUGUUUGAUAUUUUUGUAUUCAUAGCUUUGAUUUUAAACCAUUUAUUGUAUCCAAGCAGCCAUUUAUGUAAACAACAUUCCACCAUAUGGAUCUGUUUUAAUAAGGAUGCCACUGCACUUUGGAGUGCUGAAUUAUGUUUUAUGUCCCUCUAGUAUAAGUGCAUUUAUCCAGUGAUUGUAUGUUUAUUUUAUCAAUAAAACAAGCCAAAAUAACAUUGGAA